AUGGCUGCUGAUGCCGCUGACUCUCAGUUGAAGGGGGUGGCCGACGACCCGAACGCAACUAUUGUUGAUCGGCCGACGGUUCAACUCGUCAAUGGGAUUACAUAUACUGGUCAAUGGAAAGGACGCAAGAAGCACGGCAAAGGCAAGCAGGUAUGGCAGGAUGGAGCCUACUACGACGGAGAGUGGAAGGACGGGGAAACAUGCGGUAAGGGCGUGUUCCAACAUGUGGAUGGCGACCGUUAUGAAGGGGUCUGGGAGAACAGCAAGGCCAACGGAUACGGUGUACUUCAUCAUAAGGAUGGUUCCAAAUAUGAGGGUCACUGGAAGGAUGACGUGCAGCACGGCCAAGCUAAGGAAACCUGGGCCGACGGCUCAUACUUUGAGGGAAGCUAUGUUGAUGGUAAUAAGGAAGGGCGCGGUCGUUUCUGGUGGCCAGAUGGUUCUUGUUAUGAUGGAGAGUUAUCGAAUAACGAGAUCCACGGCUGGGGCCGUUACUGCUGGAGAGACGGUCGUGUAUAUUCGGGACAGUGGGUUGCAAAUCGUAUGCAUGGUUACGGUAUCUUCCACUGGCCGGAUGGGAGGACUUAUAAGGGUCAAUAUGACCACGAUAAGAAGGAGGGUUAUGGAGAGUUCUACUGGGUUAACGGGAAGGUAUAUCGUGGUCAAUGGAAGGAUGGAAAGCAGCAUGGAUUUGGCAUCUUCAAAAACCCCAAUGGUGAAAUGCGAUUCGGUCUAUGGCAUGAAGGACGGAGAACUGAAUGGUUCCAGAACACUGAGAGCGCCGAUGCAUAUAAAAGAGAUAAUGGGGUUCAUGAGCCUGAGGCACCUGCUCUCCCUACCUGGCUUGUUACUGAUCCUCUCACUCCCGAAGAGAUUGAAAAUCUCAAACAGAAAAACAACGGUGCUGAGCCAGCCACUGCCAACGAAAACGACCUUCCUAAUAAAAUCAAGUAG